AUGUGGAGACGCUGUGGGACUGUAAACGGAGCCGGCCCCGGAGGCGUCGAGGAGGGCGCCUUGCCCUGCAGCUCCCGGGGGACGUGUCCCCUGGCUGGAGCGCACCGGGUGCGCAGGACGGCUCUGCUCCGAGCGCGCUACCUGUGCGACAGAAACCCCUUGUCCCUGGAGAGGGACACGCACCCAACAAGCACGUGUGUGUGCCUGCGCACGCGUGCCCACGCUCGAGGGGCGGUGCAGACGCCCCCAGAGAGCCAGCCCACGACGUCGGACGAGACUGUGGUGGCCGGUGGUACAGUGGUGCUCAAGUGCCAGGUGGAGGAUCCCGAUGACUCCUCGCUGCAGUGGUCCAACCCUGCCCAGCAGACCCUCUACUUCGGGGAGAAGCGAGCCCUGCGAGAUAACAGGAUCCAGCUGGAGAGGUCCACACCCAACGAGCUGACCAUCAGCAUCAGUGACGUGGUGCUGUCAGACGAGGGGGAAUACACGUGCUCCAUUUUCACCAUGCCCGUGCGGACUGCGAAGGCCCUGGUCACCGUACUGGGAAUUCCCCAGAAACCCCAAAUCUUUGGCCACGAGCAGCCCAUUGACGAGGAGAAGAUAGCCAGGUUGACCUGCCGGUCCUCUGGCAGCAAGCCCGCGGCCCAGCUCCGGUGGAAGAAGGGCAACAAGGAGCUGAAGGACGAGGGCACUGAGGUGGUGGAGGACCCCAACGGAAAGACCUUCACUGUGAGCAGUCGGGUGGAGUUCCGUGUCACCAAGGAGGACAACGAAGCCGAGGUGACCUGCACUGUGGACCACGAAUCCCUGCAGAACUCCGAGAGGUCGACCACGCAGAAGCUGCAGCUGCACUGUGCACCCCCAGUGUGCCGACCCCCACCCCAGUACACCCCACCGCCUGCAGAGCAGGGCAGGGGCAGGGACCCGCGGGAAGGCGAGAAGCUCCAGCUGCAGUGUGACGGGCAGGGCAACCCCAUCCCCCAGGAGUUCCUGUGGGAGAAGGAGGGCAGCGAUGCACCCCUGCAGCUCAGCUCCGACAGCGUCCUCAUCUUCCCCUUCCUCAACAAGAGCGACAGCGGCACCUACGUCUGCACGGCCACCAGCUCCAUGGGCAGCGUCGUGGCCAAGUACAACCUCGACGUCAGUGAUCUUUCCCAGCUCCCCACCCCACAUGUUCACUCCACUCCAGCCCCUCCGCCGGGCCCUUCCCAGCCCAUCUCUCAUGCUUCCAUGGCCACCGCUUCAUCCUUCACUCCAGCUCCCAUCCAAGACGCCAGCCCAGUGCCCUCGACCUCCAGCACCUACCACGCGGUGAUCGGCGGGUGGUUGGCCGUCAUUGUCUUCCUCCUGCUCAGUCUUCUCAUCGUGCUGGGACACUACCUGAUCAGACACAAAGGUAUGUGCAUAAGACACGGGGAGACGGUCACAUCCAGACAUCGGCAAACCCCAGCAGAGGUGAUGUGUCCCUACCUGACCCACGAGGCCAAGGGGUCGGACGACGCCCCCGAUGCCGACACGGCCAUCAUCAAUGCAGAGGGUGGCCAAGCCGGUGGCGACGACAAGAAAGAGUAUUUCAUCUAG